UUUUUGACUCGUCCAUAACACACAAGACUCAGACAUCCUAGACAGUCUGGAGUCAAGCUAUUGAGAUAUUCUUCAAGUGAUGAUCUGAGUUGUCCUGAACUGCACAGAAACAGACACACGUAAAACAUCCCAACGAUCAACUUCUUAAACAUGGCAUAUCAACAAACAGUUUUCCACAGAACUCGGUUGUGAAACAAUUUCAAAACUUGUUGGACAAGAAGACGAAUCACACGUUUCAUGUCAGUAUAUAGAGUUCCACCAUGUAUCCAAACUCACCAACCACACGGCACCAGCCACUUCUACGGACGUCCUCUCGUUCCGGUUACCCGCGGUUCAUCCCUGUCAAAUACAAGAACUUCUAUCUCAUACUCUUCACCAUCAUCCUAGUAGGACUCAUCCUGACCGGUAUAUUCCAGUUCUGGCCGCAUUCGAUCGACAUUCGCGAGGAGCGCGAAUCAUUCAGCCUCUACGAUGUCGGACACUUGGAAGAAGUCACGGUGCCGCUUAUGAGCGCGAUACCGGACAGAGGGGAGCUGGAAUGUCGUAUGCACAGUUGUUUUGACCCUUAUCAGUGUCAGGCAAGUCCAAACAACAGAAUAAGCGUGUACAUCUACCCCAUGAAGAAAUACGUGGACGAAAACGGCGUGCCUGUUAUGCCGUCGAUUUCGCGGGAGUUUCAGGAGGUAUUGACAACGAUAGCAGACAGCGAGUACAACACAAACGAUCCGGCAAAGGCGUGCUUGUUCGUGCCCUCGAUCGACCUUUUGAAUCAGAACAUUCUGAGGUUGAGAGAAACAGGCCAGGUCCUAGGAAGGUUACCAAGAUGGAACCACGGGCACCAUGACUUCCAGCUGCAGGGGGCAAACCACCUGCUGUUCAACAUGCUGCCUGGCAUGGAUCCUGACUACAACACAGCUCUGGAGGUGCCGCGGGGGAAGGCUAUCCUAGCGGGAGGGGGGUUCUCCUCCUGGACGUACAGACCGGGCUACGAUGUCAGCAUUCCUGUGUUUAACCCUUUUACUGCUGAUAUGGAGCUUCCAGGGAAACCGGACGGAUACUCCCGACCGUGGCUGAUUGUGUCGGCGCAGACCGUCAUCCACAUGGACUUUCGGGCGGAGCUGGAUGCGGUUGCCAGGGACAACGAUGACGUACUGGUCCUGGACAGGUGUGACGACCUACCUGAAGGCAUCCCCUCUCACAGGAGGAGGUGUAAACAGGACAGGGUCUACAACUAUCCUGAUAUUCUACAGGAAGCCACGUUCUGUAUGAUCCUGAGAGGAGCGCGGAUGGGUCAGAGCGCGCUGAGUGACGCCAUGAUGGCGGGAUGUAUCCCCGUCGUGGCCAUUGACACAUACGUGAUGCCGUUCUCCGAUGUCCUCGACUGGAAAAGGGCUGCUGUUAUACUGAGAGAAGAGGACCUGCCAGAUGUUCACAAUGUGUUGAGAAAAAUCUCACAGGAGAGGAUAACCAACAUGAGGAGACAGGUGGAGUUUUUCUGGAGGUCGUACUUCCGCUCCAUGAAGGCCAUCACCAUGACAACCCUCAAGGUCAUCAACGACAGGGCCUUCAGACACGCGUCAAGGUCGUAUGAGGACUGGAAUGACCCAACGCCCAAGUCUGGAGUGACCAGCCCGCUGUUCCUACCGCUCAUCCCAACACAAGCGAUGGGCUUCACGGCCGUCAUCCUGACCUACGACCGCGUGGAGAGCCUGUUCCGAGUCAUCACGGAGAUCGCCAAGACUCCGAGUCUCGCUAAGAUUCUGGUGGUGUGGAACAACCAAGCCAAGGCUCCACCUCAGGGAUCCACUUGGCCCAAGGUCAACAAGCCGCUCAAGGUCAUCCAGACGACGGCCAAUAAGCUGAGUAAUCGCUUCCACCCGUAUGACGAGAUUGAAACCGAGGCUGUGCUGGCUAUCGAUGAUGACAUCAUCAUGUUGACCCCGGACGAACUCGAGUUCGGUUAUGAGGUGUGGAGAGAGUUCCCAGACCGACUGGUGGGCUACCCAGGCAGAGUUCACCUCUGGGACAACGCUACCAAAUCCUGGAAGUAUGAAUCUGAGUGGACGAAUGACGUGUCCAUGGUCCUCACUGGUGCUGCCUUUUACCACAAGUACUUUGGAUACCUGUACAGCAUGGCCAUGCCAGGAGACAUCAAAAACUGGGUGGACACACACAUGAACUGUGAGGACAUUGCCAUGAACUUUCUCAUCGCUAAUGUCACAGGAAAAGCGCCAAUAAAAGUGACCCCAAGGAAAAAGUUCAAGUGUCCAGAGUGCACGAACGUUGACAACCUGUCAGCUGACCAAUCCCACAUGGUGGAGCGUUCUGUUUGUAUCAACAAGUUCACUGACAUCUAUGGAAUGAUGCCGCUAAAAAUGGUGGAGCAUCGAGCUGACCCAGUGUUAUACAAGGACAACUUCCCCGAAAAAUUGAAACGUUUCAAUCAAGUGGGGCCGCUUUGAGGCAGAGAAUAGCUUUGUUUAAGUGUAAAGAUGUUGUUAAAACUAGGAAGUGAUACUGAAAAGUUGUCUGUUUUAUAUUUUUGAGAGAUGUGAAAAGAUUUUCAAGAAUAUCAUAACUGUAAAUGGCAAUGUGUAUGCUUUA